UUUCUGGCCACUCUCCCCCCUCUCCCCAACACCCCUGGGCUGCUGGUACGUCUUCGGACGGAGUGCGGGGGCCGAGGGGGCGUCCGGGAAGGGGGAGGGGGCCUCCCGAGACCCCUCCCCGCGUCCCGGGCCGCAGCGCUGAAUCACCGGCGAGGUUUCUGCAAACCCGUGAAUGAGCCCGACACCAGCCGCUGUGACCUCGUGCCUGGCGUGAGAAGGACGCAGCACCGGCAUGCCCUCGGCCUGAACCCGGCGGUCCCCGCCCCCACCCCCCGCCACCCUGCACUGUCCCGGCUCCCCUGAGGCCCCCACACUGCAGUGCGGCCAGGCCCCCUCCCCACAGGGGCCGCCCCUGCCGCCCAGCUCUGGUGCCCGGGGCGGCCCGGCCCGAAGGGCCAUGAAGCUUCAGGCUGUCAUGGAGACCCUUCUGCAGCGGCAGCAGCGGGCGCGCCAGGAGCUGGAGGCCCGGCAGCCCGCGCCGCCCGCGCCGCCCCUGCCGGCCGAGCUCCCCGCUGGCCCUCCAUCCCGGGCCAGGGCCACCCCGGAGGAGGACAGAGAGCCGGAGAAGGCGCGGAUGCAGCGGGCCCAGAUGGCUGCGCUGGCUGCCAUGCGGGCAGCGGCCGCCGGCCUCGGAUCCGCACCCAGCCCCAGCGGCUCAGAGGACGGACCCCCCGGCCUGGAGGAUGAGGAUGCGGUCCAGGAAGGGGUGCCAGGCUCGCCUGCCCCAUCAGGCCGAGGCCGGGAGGCACCGGGACACGCUGAAGACAUCAGACACCUCGAGGACGUGGGCUCCGAUGGUGACCUGAAGCCAAAGUGGGAGGAGGAGGAGGAGGAGGAGCUGGAGGACGACCUGGAGGACGAGGAGGAGGACGAGGAGGAGGAGGAGGAGGAGGAGGAGGACUUCGAGGAGGAGGAGGGGCCCCCGGGCUCUUCCGGCUUGGGCCCCGCAGCCCUUGUGCCCCGCAGGGCCCCGCCGUCCCAGGCCUACCGCGGCGACAGUGGGCCCCGGGUGCUUGGUGGCCAGGAGCGCCAGGGGGCCGGCCUGGCCCACGCCGGAGGCGCCGUGCACCUGGUGCCGCAGCUGCAGCCGCCCGACCACGGAGACUGGACCUACGAGGAGCAGUUCAAGCAGCUCUACGAACUGGACGGGGACCCCAAGAGGAAGGAGUUCCUGGACGAUUUGUUUAGCUUCAUGCAGAAGCGAGGGACCCCCGUGAACCGCAUCCCCAUCAUGGCCAAGCAAGUGCUUGACCUGUUCAUGCUGUACGUGCUGGUGACGGAGAAGGGCGGCCUGGUGGAGGUCAUCAACAAGAAGCUGUGGAGGGAGAUCACCAAGGGCCUCAACCUGCCCACGUCCAUCACCAGCGCGGCCUUCACCCUGCGGACCCAGUACAUGAAGUACCUGUACCCCUACGAGUGCGAGAAGCGUGGCCUCAGCAGCCCCAACGAGCUCCAGGCCGCCAUCGACAGCAACCGGAGGGAAGGCCGGCGCCAGAGCUUCGGGGGCUCCCUGUUCGCCUACUCGCCGGGCGGCGCCCACGGCAUGCUGUCCUCGCCCAAGCUGCCCGUGCCCUCGCUGGGCCUCGCCGCCAGUACCAACGGCAGCUCUGGGCCCCCCGCGCCCAAGAUCAAGAAAGAGGAGGACUCGGCCAUCCCCAUCACGGUCCCGGGCCGCCUGCCAGUCUCGCUGGCAGGCCACCCUGUGGUGGCAGCGCAGGCAGCGGCUGUACAAGCAGCAGCAGCUCAGGCAGCUGUGGCUGCACAGGCAGCUGCGCUGGAGCAGCUGCGGGAGAAGCUGGAGUCUGGGGAGCCUCCUGAGAAAAAGAUGGCCCUGGUGGCAGAUGAGCAGCACCGGCUUGUGCAGCGGGCACUGCAGCAGAACUUCUUGGCCAUGACAGCCCAGCUGCCCAUGAGCAUUCGUAUCAACAGCCAAGCCUGCGAGAGCCGCCAGGACUCUGCCCCGAACUUGACCGGCCCCAAUGGCAGCAACAGUAUUAGCAUGUCAGUGGAGAUUAACGGGAUCAUGUACACAGGAGUGCUGUUUGCUCAGCCGCCGGCGCCCGCUCCACACCCAGCUCCCAGCAAAGCCGCCGGCGUCGGCCGGGGAGGGACCAGCGGGACCAGCAGCAGCACCGGCAGCCAGGCCGGGCCGGCCGGGCUGUCCACACCUGCCACAUCUUCUACCUCAAAUAACUCGUUGCCUUAACCGUACCACUCCCCACCCGCCUCUCCCGCCCCAGGAGCCUGCCUGGGCAGGGGGGCGGGAGUCGAGGUGGGCCACGCAGGGGCCGGGAUGGCGGUAGAUACGGGUGGGGAGGGGAGGUAUCCAGAAAGGAGCCACAGCUAACGCCAAAAAGAAAGAAAAAGAUAUAUACAUAUAUAUAUAUAAAGAAAAUUUAAUAAAACAGGGGAAAACCAAGGAACACUUGAAUUACUCAGGUUCGGACAUUCAGAGACGUGAAUUGUGAGAGGAAGUCAGAAGAGAGAGGGGCCGCACUUCCGAGGGCUGCAGCCCGGCCGGACCAGCUGACUGGGGUCUGGGUCUGGGUCUGUGCGGAUCGGUUGCCACAGAGGCCGAUCCUGUUUACCUCAUACAUCCCUGCACUGUGUGUUCUCAUUUUCAUCUGUUUUUUUCCUUUUUCUUUUCAUUCAUCACACACUCACCAUACUCAGCUCCUUGUGUUGAAAGAAACCCCUGAGCCAAGAUCAGCUGAAAUUGUUUUCCUUGUUGCUUUUGGGAACUACUUUUUUUUUUUUUUUUUAAAGAAACAGUGAUACUCAAGAUCUAUAGGGUUUUUAAGAGGUUUUGGGGGUUUGUUUUGUAAAUAAUCUAUUUUAUUCUUGGGGGAGGAAUCAGACCUUAGGAAAAGUAUAUAUAUAUAUAUCUAUAUAUUUGUGUUCAUUCAGGGAAACUGGACUUGAAAAAGCAAAAAAAAACACAAAAAUAACGACAAAAAAAAAAAAGAAAAAAGUAAUACCCUUUCUAUUUUCCCACGACUGACUUGGGUUCCUUCGUGUGGUUCCUGUGGUGCGGGGGUGGGGGGCGGGGGGCAGCUGGCCAGAGCCAGGACAGGUGAUGAACUCAGGUGCCGUGGGGGGGGGGACACCCGGGAGCCUUUCCCCCAGUCCUCGCACUCCGGAGCUGGAGCUGGCCCUCCCCCUCUCAACCGGAGAGGAGGAUGGAUGGAUGAAGGGCCCUGGGCGUGGGAGGGGCUCCACCUAGGGCAGCCCCCAGGCUCCUGUCUCAGGGAUGAAUGUGGCCUGGGGGCGCCCCCGGGGAAGGUGGGGAGGGCUGCUCUGGGAGACAUCUGGGGGGCAGGGGAGCCGGGCUCCGCUCAGGGCGAGGUCUUUGGAGCCACGGCACCUGAACGCCCCCCUUCCAUUCUCUCCUCUUUAACUUUGCUCGUUCCUUCUCUCUUGGCCCCUGGGCUUGGGGCCACAGCCCCCUGGAGUAGGUACAGUAACAGGAGGCCGCACCCUGUCUCCGCACGACCCUUCCAACUGCUUAGAAGGUGCGUGUUGGGGGGCACAGCUGGUGGGAGGCUGGGGGCUGGCCGUGGUCUUGGGGAGACAGCACCGUCUGCCCUAAGGCCCAGGCAGGUGGGGGGCCCUCUUGACGUCUGCCAUGCCCCUGCGGACCAGGUGGCAUUGGGGCGGGACUUUUCGGGGGGGGGGGGCACUGACUCUGCUGUUCCCAGGGCGAGCCUGUGUUCUCUAAUUGGGCUCAGGGGCCCGACCUAACAAGGCUGAGGGGGGGCAGUGCCAGCCUGGGAGACCCGAGGGGGAGUCCUGGGCCCCCAAGGCUGGGUUAUCCCUUGUGUGGGGCUGUGCUGGGUCUGGAAUAGUUCAGGGUCCUUGACACUCCCAGCCCUCAGCCUUCUAGGGGCGGGGUCUCCCUCUGCUUUUCCUUCUGGAAAGUUCUGCCCUUCCCUCUCUCUGCAGCAGCACAAUCAUGGUGGGAGGGGGAUCUCUUUGUCUCUUUGUCGCCCCCCCCCCGCACCUGCACAACCCGGCUCCACGCGGAGAAACACAACACCCCCCGCACCCCCACCCCGGCUCCUCUGGUCCCAGCCCGACCUGUGGACGCCCUGACCUGUUGCCUUCAGGGUUUCCUGGACGCGCCCGCGUGGGGGGUGUCUGCCUCACCUUCUACCUCAGGUCUGACUCUCGAUGCCAAACCCCGUGCCCUGCCCCCCCGCACCCCCUCCACCUGGGAGGCUGUGGGCCCGCUUUGUGGGUGCUUGCGCGUCUUCGCGCGUGUCCUCGCGUUGGGACCCAUGUGGCCUCCAGAGUAACUCGGGGUGCGGCCUGCUGUGCUGUGAUGAUUGUAGGGGACAGGUGGGGGCGGGGCGGGGGGCCUGGCCAGCCCCAGGGGCGGCCGUGCCAGGUGAGCCCACCCUCGCUGGGAAUGCGAGUGGGGUCCUCCCCUGCCUCUGCUCUCCGUGCCCGGUGCAACCCCUUGCCCCUCCUGUCCCUGGAGCGUAGGGAAGGGGGGCUUUUGGGGGUGCAGAGCCGUGCCCCCUCUGAAGCCCCAGGCAGGGGAGGACGGGGGCAUCUGUCUGUGCCCUCGGCCCGCGUGCUGCUCAUUCCUGAGCGAGCUUCGCAGGGGGAGGGCGGGGACCCCAAACAGGGUGGAGAGGGGCUCUCUGGGGCUCCCCUGCUGGAGAUGAUGCUUCCAGAAGCUUCCAUGGGACCUCGAGCCAGGAGCCGGGCAGCGGGGUGGGGCAGCAUGUCCCUUUCCGAAGUUCUGCCUUUGUACGCCCCUUUCCCAUUUUUACCGCUUUCGUCCACUUUGUCCUUUCUCUCCCCUUUACUUUUGCUUUUGCAUUUUUUUUCUCGGCAAACAUGAAUGCAGCCUUUCAUUCCUGACAUGUGAAAUUUCAGUUUCUCUGGGGUUCGUCAGACGGCGUGGGUCCUGCGCCAGCACUCAGGUUAAAGCGAAAAAAACUUUUAAAAAUAGGUUUAAACGACUCUACCUCUGGCCGGGCCUGGCCUUGUCGCCCUGGCCAGGGCGGCCUGUACCGAUUUCAGUUUUUGCAGAACAUUCAGAUAUUAAAAGGGAAAAAAAAAAAAAAAAAAGGACAAAAGACCAAAAAAACAAAGAAGAAAAAAAGGUGUGUGAUUUUGAAAUUGAAAAAAGAACACUGAAGGUUUACAUUUUAUAACAUUAUUAUGCAGAUUGUAUUUAAACUUCAGAAAUAUUUAAGACAAUUGUAACCCUGUAAAGUUGAUGAGAUAUUAAAACAAGACAAAACACUUCUGACUUUUAA